UUUAAAAGCGAUUUGGUAUUUUACACUGUUUUGGUGGUCAAAACCUUACACUUUCAGUCACAUGUUUUAAAUUCUGCUGCUGUUUACAUCCUUCAUGAAACAAAACUUUCUGAAAUACAAGUGUUGGUGGUCAAAUUCCAUGAAAACCAACCAUAAUACCUGAAAAAUUAACUUAGUCCAUCCUUCCCUCCCUAUAUUGACAUCUAGAAAACAGUGAUACCCUGGUAUUUACAAUCUCACAUUUGCUUACAAAUACUCUUUUAUAGAUUUGACAAAACCCUAUUUCCCUUCAACUCUAAGCAAACAAGUAGCUGUUAUAUCCCUCUCCAUUGAUUUUCUUUUUCCCUUUUUCGUGAAAGGUGAGGCACCAAACACCUAAUUUUUGUUACUAAUAUCACAUUGCAGGUUACACCUAACUUCGUUUUCUCCUCGGUCCUCUCCAUUAUAAAAGGCCUCUCUUUGUAAAUCUAACACUUGUGCAGAGCAGCACUCCCACAUUUACAUUUUGCAAACAAAACAGGUCACCACUACUUGGAAACAAUAUUGAAAAGAUGGAACGAUUACAACACCUCUUGAUCUCAUUAUAUCUGCUUAUUCUCUCUAUCAAUUUAACCACAACCACAGCUCAAUCACCUGCGCCCGCUCCUGCACCACCCGGCCCCACUAAUGUCAUCAAAAUACUCAAAAAGGCUGGCCCCUUCAAGACCUUCAUCCGCCUUUUGAAAUCCACUCAAUUGGAUAGCAAUCUAAACUCCCAGCUUGGCAACACAAACAAUGGCUUGACCAUCUUUGCUCCAAGUGAUAGUGCAUUUUCAGCCCUUAAAACAGGCACUCUCCGCACCUUAACUGAUCAAGAAAAGGUCGAGUUGAUGCAGUUUCACAUUGUCCCUAUGUUCAUCUCAUCUUCCCAAUUUGAUACCGUGAGUAGCCCUUUAAAAACACACGCUGGAUCUGGUGCUAGGUUUCAGCUUAACGUUACCGCCAGUGGGAACUCCUUGAACAUAUCUACAGGACUUACCAACACCACCAUUUCCGACACUGUAUACACGGACACCCAUCUUGCUAUUUAUCAGGUUGACAAGGUGCUCCUUCCUUUGGAUAUAUUUACCCCUAAACCUCCACCACCGGCACCUGCACCGGCACCAAAGCUUAAAGCAGAGUCAGAGAGCCCUGAUGAUGCUGUUUCUAAGAAGGAUAUUUCUAGCGCUGUAAGUUUUGUCAUGCAUCAUGAUACGGUGUUCUUUACAGUUGGUACUGUUGUUGCAAUAUCGUUUUCUUUGUGACCAGAAAAAGCCUAGGAACCAUGUGAUUGGGACAGCUUGUCCUGGAUUUGGUCCUCGUAGUUGACAGAAAAACUUGUUGCCUGAAAAGGAGUGAAAAAAAGAGAGAGGGAAUUCUCUAUAUGUUAUUACAGGAAACCUUCGAAAGCUGAAUGCCUCAAAUUGCUGCUUGUCAUAAAGAAAGCUGGCAUCACUUCUACAAGUUCGUUGAUUUAUUCAAAAUCUCUUUGUCUAGUACUUUCGUUGGUGGUGUGAACUUGGGUGCUGCAAUUGCAAUCUUCUAAACUUUUCUACACAUGUGAUGUUGUCUAGUACUUUCGUUGGUGGUGUGAACUUGGGUGCUGCAAUUGCAAUCUUCUGAACUUUUCUACACAUGUGAUGUUGUCUAGUACUUUCGUUGGUGGUGUGAACUUGGGUGCUGCAAUUGCAAUCCUCUAAACUUUUCUACACAUGUGAUGAUGUUACACGUUGAAAGAUAAGUUCAUUCCAUAUA